UGAUAUUCUAUUUAUCUAAUUUAUAUAAACGAGAUGGCGACUGUAGGCCCGACUGCAGUGAUGGUAGUUAAUUCGCCACCAGCAGUUCAGUCACCGAAAUUGAGAACCUACAAAAAUAUUGUGUUUGGCCUCGGUGUGGCUGAAACGGUACUUGGUUUUCUAAGUAUGAUAUUGGGAAGCGUACAGAGCAGUUCUAUAACUGGAUACAGAUUUUACGGCAUCCCGUACUCAUAUGCUGAAGGCAUAUGGAGCGGAAUUUGGGUCUUAACUGCCGGUAUUUUGGGGAUAGCAGCUUCCAAAAAAGAACGAUUAACAUCAUGUCUGAUUAACUGCCACAUGGGAAUCGCGAUUACAGCUUCAGUAUUUGCGGCGUUUCAAAUUGGACUUUCAAGCGUUUCUGCUGUUAUUUUUUCACGGUCGGGUUUGUUAUAUUUUAACAUCGCAGUUGUGUUGUGCAUUGUUGGAUUCUUAUCAUUUGUGAUUUGCAUUGCAAGUGCAAGUUUGUGCUGUCCUCUUCAUACAACGGCCAUGGGAACUUCUAGCUGUUGUGGGGCGUGCUGCUGCGACGAGAGACCUGCAGGGCGUCAAGUUACGGUUCAAUAUACUCAACCCGAGACAAUCAUACAAAGUUCAGGUGGUAUACCGAUAGUGAGUACUUACGGCCACACAAGUAUUCCUGGUAUUGCACAGCCACAAGCUUAUAUGGUGCAAAGUCAAUCUGGGCAAGCACAGGGUAUGAUUACGUACAACCCACAAAUGCCGAUACAUCAGCCGUCGCAGCUCGUACCUAUUGUACAACAAAUGCAAGCCGAAUCUGCCAACCCUGAAGUUUCGAUACAGAAAGAGGCGCAAGUUUUUGCUGAUGCCCAAUGAAAAAGAAAACACCCCUCCGGAAAAUCCGCCAGCAUAUUCUGCAACUGCUGACUGAGAAACUUCAAUGUAAAAUCGCAGUGUAUAUAUAAACCAACUGUCUUUUUCGGUGUGCAUUGUAUGUGACCCAUAGUACUACAUACAGCAGAGCAUUACUGAAAAUUGUAAUAUCAAUUCCUUUAUACAGACCUAAAUGUGAAAAUUUUUUCCUGUUGAAAUACAUUAACUAUUUAUGCCAAUACAAAACUGUUAUAAAGUACCAGUUUUAAUAAAACAAUAUUUACGAUCACUAAUGGUUCAUAUGUGUGUUAUGUGUGUCUCCUAUAAGAUAUAAAUACAAUGAUGAUCUGACUUUGUCCACAUAAUUAUAAGAGUUUUGUGUUUACAGUUUCAAGAGGUUAGUGUAGUGACUAAGGUCUAUAGUCGUUACGCCCAACCGCUUUUCUGAAGCUAAUUUUUUUUUUAUAGCUGGCUUUAUAGUACUAAUUCGUUUAACUGUGUUCAUUUAAGUACAGAGAAUCAGGUCCAUUAUUUAUUGGUUUUGCAAGUAUAAGUCACUUGAAUCUUGUAUUUGUAAAUUAAUUUUCCGCGUAUAGCUUAUAUAGGGUACCCAUAUUAUACAGUACGCGUAGAGUAUGGUGGGCAUAUAUCAAAUAAUAGCAUUUAGUAAAAGCAUUAGUUAGAGUGGUCAAAGAUCAUUCACAAACUUAAAUGUAUAGUAAGGUGGGAAAGAUGGGACACCAUUUUUAUUAUUUUCUUGUCCCAUUCGGUAAUUUAUAAAAUCGCAUGCUUACGACUACCUGCUUAGCCAAUUGGUAAUUGUUUAAAACACGACCAGGAUAUUUAAAUAAUAUAUAGCUACUAAAGAUAACCCUAUUU